AUGUCACUCCGCAAUCAAACCGAUGGAUACAUGGUGGUACGGCCCGAGCUAACAAAGCACGACAUACACAAAGUGUCCAUCGUCCACUUCUCUUUCAAGACUAAGAGUAUUGAUAGAGUCGAUCUAAUACCGCAAGGGCUCGACAGCAACACAGCUCCUCUAUUCACGGCCCUCUCCGAACUUCGCAGCGAAAUAUCUUGUGUAGUCGUCUCCCGAGAAAGACAUCUGUACAAGCUUGAUUUCCCCAAUGGUCUGGGCAGAAACAGGCCAAGCCAGCUGCACAAGAUCAUUGACAAAUAUCGCAUUCUGAAGAUCAUGGUGAACAAGAAGGACGACAAGCUCCUCGCUUUUGGAACUAAGAGAGCGAGCCACAGAAUUAUCCUACUGGAGAUCAGCUAG